UUUCCGGUGUGGCUGGUUGCAGUGUGAGCAACAACGGCUUGCUUGGACUCGUAGCAGCUCACCGUUAGUAAGUAAGUUAGUUAGUUGGUUGGAGUGGAGGUUAGUGAGUAGUGACUCAUUAACGUCGGUCACGAUGACGUCAGCGCCGCUAAAGCGAUUCUACCAGAAACUACCGGUGUGGAUCGUGGAGGACCACCAUGAAGUUGUGUGUCCAAUCUACCGGGCCAUUGCAUCCAGACAUCUUCCACUUCAGAAUAUCCAGAUGGUUUAUUUGGACUCUCACCCUGACCUGCUCGUCCCCGUCAACAUGCCUGCUGACACGGUCUUUGACAAAGAGAAACUCUUCAGGUAUGAUUAUUGUCAAGCAUCCAGCACCAUGACAAACAUGGUUGUUAAACAUGGGGCCGCGACCCAUGUUUGGGCCUUCAGCGCCACCAAGAGGGCCGCAAAACAGCGUUGGGUUUUUCACCUGUGGGCUAGACCUCGGACGGAGAGGAGUAAGGAUGGAGAAACCAGUCAUACCAAGUCCCACUCAGCAACCACUGACCCACUGCAGCCAGCAGGGGGCAGCAGCAGCAAUGGGAUGUUAGAUGGUGAUGAUGGUGAAGGAUCCACCAGUUAUGUUGUUGAGAGAAUAACUUCAUUUCUGGAUGAAAACGACCCAUACAUCCUGGACAUUGAUAUGGAUUUCUUCUCCUGUAAAAACCCCUUUAAGGAAUUAUACACAGAGGAGGAAUACUCCCUCUUGAAGGAGCUGUACAAUUUCAGAGAACCCGGCCUGAAUGCCAAUAAGGAGGAGCUCGAUGAAUGUGUCGACCGUCGUAUUCAUCAGUUAGAAGACCUGGAAGGAGCAUUUGCUGAUCUCCUGGAGGAUGAUGGAGAAGAGACAGUUAAACACUGGGCCAGCAAACCAGGCAUGUCUUCGUUAUCCCAACUGGUUUCUAUUAUGAAGGCAAAAAAUCCCAGUCCUGACUACGAAAUGGUUCACCAGGCAGGGUUAACCUGCGACUCAGUUGAGCUUCCUCAUCACAUCAGCUCUGACGAGGAGAUCGACAGAUUAAUUUUAGCUGUUCAGCGGUUCCUGGAUGCUCUGCCCCAUAAUAUACUUCUUGAAUUUUAA